CGUCAUGGCUCGACUGACAAAAUACUUAAAAUUAUUAUUCCACGUCACUAUUUUGGUCCUAAUCAACUACUUUAUCAAGAAUCAGAAACAGAUUAGGAUCGAGAAAAAAAUUGAAAGAUAUAUACCGGACAUAAAACAUAUACUAAUGUGGACCAAACUUCCAAGUGUUGAAGAAGAGGGGCAGAAGUACUUCAUCAGUCAUAAUUGUCACCAUAUAAAUUGUUACUUCACUUCAAACCGAAGCUUCUUCGUAGACCUACGGUACUUCGAUGCAAUUGUGUUCAAUGUCCAAGAUAUCAGCAGCCAAUCUAGUGAUUUACCAGAAGUGAGAAGUAUAGUACAGAAGUACAUCUUCGCGGCGAACGAUUCUUCUGACAAUUAUCCUAUUUGUAGCCCUGUUUAUGACAAUUACUUCAACUGGACAUGGACUUACAAACCAGACUCCUCAAUCCCCUAUAAAUUCAUCAGCGUCUACAACCAGCACCAAGAAGAACUUGGCAACAAUAUUCUCUGGGACAAAUUUGAAACGAUUCCAGUUACCAAACAGUUCAAAAGUUCUUUGAGUUCAAAAUCUGCUGCCGCUGCCAUUUAUCUGGACAAAUGUAUUACUUCUAGCAAGAGAGAAGUAUUCUUGAACAAAUUGAAGAUAUGCUUGGCAACGUAUAAUCUAACUGUUGAUGUGUUUGGUCCCUGUGGUACCAUGAAGUGUGGCAGGACCUCAUUGAAGUCUUGCUACUAUAGAAUAAGAACGACAUAUUACUUCUACCUGGCUCUAGAAGAUUCUAUAGCAGAUGAUUAUAUUACCCAAUCUGUUCUGUUCGGUUAUAAUAAUCUUGCUGUGCCCGUUGUGCUAGGAGGUGUUAAAUACAACAAGUAUCUACCACCAUACUCCUACGUAGACGCAAAGCUGUUAGGAGAAAAGCUAACAGCAAAACUGAUCUACGAAGCGAUACAAAAUAAGACAAAGUACUAUGAGUUCUUCAACUGGAGAAACCACUACACUAUUAAGGAGUCCACAGUCCUCGAUGCAUGCAGCGUCUGCCAGUUCCUCAAUAACGAAGGCUGGUUGAAGACCGGCACCGUUUAUACAACGUUUAGAGAAUGGUGGAACCCAAACUAUAUUGAGCGUUGUAACCGUUUUGGACUGACAGCAAAACUCCAAUUUUGA